AAGCCUCUUUAUUGCUACUGUCACCUUACGAUUCAUUGUAUUGCAUUGUGUUAAAAAAAAAUGUAGAAGGAGGGAGGGACAUAUAGAAAAUGGGUGGACCAAAGACACAUGACGAAGACUAAAGUAGAAGUUCAACAAACAAGGAUAUUAGUUCUUAUACCCAUCUGACUCUGACGCAAACAGAAGCGGAAAGACACAGAUAAAGUGCAGUGAAGACAGAGGACUUGCAGAAAGAGAUCAGGAUGAAGCGACACCAUGAGAAGUUAUCUAUCUCUUUGGUGAUCACUGUCCUCUGUUUGGGGAGCCUGCUGACAACUGCUUUCUGGAUCAUUGUGGACAACAGCCAUCUUGUACCAAGUGGACCACCUUCACCCAAGAAAAUCCCCCCUUGGCCCUCUGACCUUUGCAAAGGAUGCAGGGCGAUCAUUGAAAAAGUAAGAGAACGCUACUCAAAAACUUGGAAGAAGCAAGAACACAAUUACAGAAACCUCAGCUCUCAGCUGAGAAGUCAGUGCCAGGGAUUUGACAGGGCCAUCAUUACCCAGGCCAACACUCCAGUGGAAUCAAAUAUUGUGUACGCUGCGGAAAACAAGAAGAGCCUCAAGGUGACUCCAGGAAUUUUCAGCACCUUCAUAAAGGAGAAUCCAUUUCCAAAGAAAAAAUGGGACACGUGUGCUGUUGUUGGGAACUCAGGGAUUCUGACAAACAGCAGCUGUGGAGAGAUGAUUGAUUCGGCUCAAUUUGUUAUCAGGUGCAACCUACCUUCUUUGGGAAAAGGCUAUGAGAAACAUGUGGGCACCAAGACUGACCUUGUGACAGCCAACCCAAGCAUUUUGCUGAAUGAGUAUGGAGGACUAAUGGGGCCACGCCGUCCAUUUGUGGAGAGUCUACAGAGCUACGACAAAUCCAUGAUGGUUCUUUCCCCCUUCUCCUAUGCACACACCACUCUGGUGUGCCUGAGGGCAGUAUACAGCAUUAGGGACUUUGAAAGUCCCAUUCAGCCCAUGUUCUUCAACCCUGAUUACUUCCGGAGUCUGGCCCUCUUCUGGCGCUCCAGAGGCCUACGCAGAGGCCUACUCAGCACCGGCUUAGUGAUGGUUAACAUAGCGCUGGAACACUGUGCCAACGUGCAUCUGUACGGUUUCUGGCCCUUCAGUAAUCAUCCAUUUGAACUCAAUGCGGUGAAUAACCACUACUAUGAUGAUAAAAAAGCUAUAUGGGCUGUCCACUUCAUGCCUGAUGAGUUUGACCUCUUGUUGCGGCUGCACAGUCAAGGUGUGCUCAGGCUUCAUCUGGGGAACUGUCGACCGGGUAAAAAUUAGUUCCCAGGUCCAGAGAUAGAGGAGACUGGGCAUCUGGAGAAUCGGGACAUUUCCUGGUGGACUGAGGGUUGAUUUCAGAAUUUGUCUCUAAACUAUGCCUUUUCAAUCCAAUCCACUCACUCGCCCCCCAUAUCAGCUCCUAGACCUAGACCCUCUGAGCAGAGGGCUAAACCAGAAAGUGCAAUAGAAUAUAUUGUCACUUACACCAAUUAAUACAUUUGAUAAAUAAUUAUGAUCGGGGGUAUUAGAAAUGCAACCUAUCACUUUUAAAUUAUACGGAUUUUAUUGAAAAAACGAAAUAACUAAUCAAAGAUUUUUUUCAAAUUAAUACUAAUUCAUCGGACCCUCACAACAUCUGGGAAGCCUUUAAGUGUGUUUUUAGAGGACACGCUGUUAAGAUGGGGUCAUGGAAACAAAAACAAUAUUUGAUAAAGGAGAAGAGUCUAAUAGAGGAGGGGAAUGAAUUGACUAAAACGUUGGAUGAAAAGCAAUUGUUAUGCAUAGAAACAACUUAUUUGAUAAAAAAUAAACAACUAGAAUUGGAAAAUGUAUACUCUGCGUGUAAAUGGUAUAAUUUAUAGAUCCCGUGCCACAUGGAUGGAAAAAGGGGAAAAGUGCACGGCUCAUUUUUUAACACUCAACCAAAGAAAUUCUGCCAAAAAAAACAUUAUGAGCUUGUAUACUCCAAAUGGUACUUUACUUACAUCUCCACAGGAAAUAUUAGCCGAAGAGGUGGAUUAUUUUAAAACCUAUUAUGCUCUGGCUCCAGAGUCUCCUGUAGGAUCCAAUAUUGAGUUAUUUUUUCAAAAUAAUUAUGAUCAGAUACUGUCAGUAGAUCAGCAACUAAGUUGUGAAGGAAACAUUUUAGAAGAAGAGUUACUGGAUGCUAUUAAUUCCUUCGCUCCUGGUAAAUCACCAGGGAUUGACGGUAUGCCUGUUGAAGUUUAUAAAACACAGAAAUUAGAAAACCUCUAUUGGCAUCUUUUAACUACUCCUUUACACAAGGAAUAUGAUCAGACACACAGAAAGAGGGCAUCAUCAUAUUGUUACUGAAGCAAGACCCAGAGGGGCAUUACAAGAAUCCUGUUUAUAUGAAGCAUUGGAGACCACUGAUACUACUUUGUUGCGAUACCCGCAUUCUGUCCAAAAGUAUUGCACCGAGAAUCAAAAUAGUAAUUGGGAAUAUAAUAAAACAUGAUCAAACAGGUUUUAUAAAAGGCGUUUUAUUGGAGAUAAUAUUCACCAUCUUCUUGAUAUGAUAGAUAAUCACGAAGAGGUUGGAAAACCAGGGCUUUUAUUUAUUGCUGACUUUGAAAAAGCCUUUGAUACAGUAAGAUGUGAUUUCAUUCAAAAAUCCCUCCAAUUCUUUAAUUUUGGGGAAACCAUUAUACCGUGGGUGAAGGUUUUAUAUAACCAACCUACCAGUGAAAUAGUUAAUAAUGGAUAUUUAUCAAAAAGCUUCAGCCUGUCCAGAGGCAUACGUCAAGGGUGUCCACUGUCUCCAUAUCUGUUUCUAUUAUGCAUUGAAAUUCUUGCUAUCAGAAUUAGAAACAAUUCAUGUAGAACAGGCUUAAGAUCAAAUGGUAUUGAAACAAAAGUAACAUUAUAUGCAGAUAACUUUCUUUCUACAGCCUAAAAAAAACUUCAUUAGAUGCCCUCAUAGCUGAUUUAAAUAACUUUUCAAAAUUAGCUGGCUAAGGCCUAAUUUUGAUAAAUGCUGUAUUAUGGGAAUAGGAACAUUAAGAGGCACAUAUUUCGAGCUACAAUGCUCAGCUGCAGUCAAAUGGUGUAAUGGUUCAGUGGAUGUUCUGGGAAUCCAUAUUCCAGAAAAUCAAAAAGAUCUUAAGGUACAUUUUGAGCGAAAAAUGCAGAAAACUGAGAAAAUAAUACAACCUUGGAAAGGGAAAACUCUCUCAUUACAGGGAAAGGUUACAUUAAUUAAUGCUCUUGUGAUUCCCCAGUUUGUUUAUCUCUUAAUUGCACUUCCCUCCCCAGAGGCGUCCUUUUUUAAAAGCUUUGAACAACGAAUGUUUAAGUUUAUUUGGAAUAAUAAGCCUGACAAGAUUAAAAGGCAAUACAUAUAUAAUACACUUGAAAAUGGUGGACUAAACUUAAAAAAAUUGGCAGCAAUGAAUUCAUCCUUAAAAGCAUCUUGGAUUAAUAAGAUUUACCAUAAUAGUCUUUGGAGAACAAGUCAGAACUUAUUUUCGGCAUUUAUAUUUUGACUGUAAACUGUUUCCUUUUUUCCAAUUAAAAUCUCACCACUUUGAAUGUUUAUUCAAAGAAAUGAAGCUCAGCGCAAGUUCUUUCAGGAAGAC